ACGGCCGUCCGGGUCACGUGGCCGAGGCGCGGGUCACGAGAACAAACACGGCCAAGGCGCUGCCUGGCUGGUUCUCUGCGGCGGGACAUGGCCAACGUCUCCAAAAAGGUGUCGUGGUCCGGACGCGACGUGGACGACGACGAGGCGGCGCCGCUGCUGCGGAGGGCGGCGCGGCCCGGGGCGCCGGCCGGGGAGGCCACGCCGCUGUUGAACGGGGCUGGGCCUGCGGCCGUCCGCGCGUCACCCCAUUCAGCAUUUUUCCGGAUCGGACAGAUGAGCAACGUGGAACUGGAUGAUGAGCUUCUGGACCCUGACAUGGACCCCCUUCACCCCUUCCCCAAGGAGAUCCCGCACAACGAGAAGCUUCUGUCCCUCAAGUAUGAGAGCUUGGACUAUGACAACAGCGAGAACCAGCUGUUCCUGGAGGAGGAGCGGCGCAUCAAUCACACAGCCUUCCGGACCGUGGAGAUAAAGCGCUGGGUCAUCUGUGCCAUGAUCGGGAUCCUCACGGGCCUCGUGGCCUGCUUCAUCGACAUCGUGGUGGAGAAGCUGGCCGGCCUAAAGUACCGGGUCGUCAAGGACAACAUUGACAAGUUCACGGCGCGGGGCGGGCUGUCCUUCUCCCUCCUGCUGUGGGCCUCGCUCAAUGUGGCCUUUGUGCUCCUGGGCUCUGUGAUCGUCGCCUUCAUAGAGCCAGUCGCUGCUGGCAGCGGGAUCCCCCAGAUCAAGUGCUUCCUCAACGGGGUGAAGAUCCCCCACGUGGUCCGGCUCAAGACGCUGGUGAUCAAAGUGUCCGGCGUGAUCCUGUCCGUGGUUGGGGGACUGGCUGUGGGGAAGGAGGGACCAAUGAUCCAUUCGGGCUCCGUGAUUGCUGCUGGGGUCUCCCAGGGGAGGUCCACGUCACUGAAGCGGGAUUUCAAGAUCUUUGAGUACUUCCGCAGAGACACAGAGAAACGGGACUUUGUCUCAGCAGGAGCUGCGGCUGGAGUGUCUGCUGCGUUUGGGGCCCCUGUAGGUGGGGUCCUGUUCAGCUUGGAGGAGGGUGCAUCCUUCUGGAAUCAGUUCCUGACGUGGAGAAUUUUCUUUGCUUCCAUGAUUUCCACCUUCACCCUGAAUUUCGUCUUAAGCAUUUACCAUGGAAACGUGUGGGAUCUGUCCAGCCCCGGUCUCAUCAAUUUUGGAAGAUUUGACACUGAGACGAUGGUGUAUACAAUCCAUGAGAUCCCCAUCUUCAUCGCCAUGGGUGUGGUGGGUGGCAUUCUCGGAGCUGUGUUCAACGCCUUGAAUUACUGGUUGACGAUGUUUCGAAUCAGGUACAUCCACCGGCCCUGCCUUCAGGUGAUCGAGGCCAUGCUGGUGGCCGCUGUCACGGCCACGGUUGCCUUCGUGCUGAUUUAUUCGUCCCGGGAUUGCCAGCCCCUGCAGGGGAGCUCCGUGUCCUAUCCACUCCAGCUGUUCUGUGCCGAUGGCGAGUAUAAUUCGAUGGCUGCAGCCUUCUUCAACACCCCAGAGAAGAGCGUGGUCAGCCUUUUCCACGACCCCCCAGGCUCCUACAACCCCAUGACGCUCGGCCUCUUCACCCUGGUCUACUUCUUCUUGGCCUGCUGGACCUACGGGCUCACGGUGUCGGCCGGUGUCUUCAUCCCAUCCCUGCUCAUUGGAGCUGCCUGGGGCCGGCUCUUUGGCAUCUCCCUGUCCUACCUCACCGGGGCCGCGGUCUGGGCAGACCCUGGCAAGUACGCCCUGAUGGGAGCAGCUGCCCAGCUGGGUGGGAUUGUGAGGAUGACGCUGAGCCUGACAGUCAUCAUGAUGGAGGCCACCAGCAAUGUGACCUACGGCUUCCCCAUCAUGCUGGUGCUGAUGACCGCCAAGAUUGUCGGGGAUGUCUUCAUCGAGGGCCUGUACGACAUGCACAUCCAGCUGCAGAGUGUGCCCUUCCUGCACUGGGAAGCCCCAGUCACCUCACACUCGCUCACCGCCAGGGAGGUGAUGAGCACACCAGUCACCUGUCUGCGGAGGAGGGAGAAGGUGGGCAUUAUUGUGGAUGUGCUGAGCAGCACGGCGUCCAAUCAUAAUGGCUUCCCUGUGGUGGAGGAUGCCGACGGCACGCAGCCAGCCCGGCUCCAGGGCUUAAUCCUGCGCUCCCAGCUCAUCGUCCUGCUCAAGCACAAGGUGUUCAUAGAACGCUCUUAUAUGGGCCUGCUACGGCGCCGGCUGCGGCUGAAGGACUUCCGUGAUGCCUACCCGCGCUUCCCCCCCAUCCAGUCCAUCCAUGUGUCCCAGGACGAGCGGGAGUGCACCAUGGACCUCUCCGAGUUCAUGAACCCCUCCCCCUACACGGUGCCCCAGGAGGCAUCUCUCCCGCGGGUGUUCAAGCUGUUUCGGGCCCUGGGCCUCAGGCACCUCGUGGUGGUGGACAACUGCAAUCAGGUGAUGGGGGGAGCCCACUGCCUGCAGCCUACCAACCUGCCUGCCCACCCGCAGGGCUCCCCCAGACUAUGCUGUCCUCCGCACACGGGACAGCGGCAUCCACAGAGGCAGAGGCCGCUGGAUCCCAUGACCUGGCUUUGCUCCCACAGGUGGUCGGGCUGGUGACCAGGAAGGACCUCGCCAGGUACCGGCUUGGGAAGGGGGGCCUAGAGGAGCUCUCUCUGGCUCAGACGUGAGGCCCUGGCACCUCCCCCGGGGUGCCUGCCUCGCUCCCCAGGCAGCGGCGGAUCCAGCGUCCUCCAGACCUCGGGGACAGCCCAGCCAGCGUGUGACACAUGUGGUCUCUUCGUGUUCUCAGUGCCCCCCUCCCCCCCCGACCUCAUUCCUUCACCCUCCAAGAUUUCACACGCCAGCCUCCUGUUUCCUGACUUCGAGGAGUCAGUUUGUAGAACUGCUGCUCUUUUUUCUGAGAGACCGCAAGUGUGCGUAUGUAUCUGCAUGUGUGUGCACGUGUGACAGCUGGCAGGCUGGGCCCUGUGGGUCCGAGUACUGCAGCCCCCAGGACGGGCCCGUUGCCUGGAAGCAGUGCACCCUAAGCACCGCCAGCUGGAGGCCUGGGCGACUCGCUGCAGCAGAGGCCUCUGGUCCUGUCCCUCUCAGCCCUCAGCUCAGUUUGCAGCCGUGAGAUUUGGGGUCUGGGCAGAAACACAAGCUGAGCUCAUGAAGGCGAGGGCUCGGGGGAGCAGGACCACCUGGAGAGCAGACCCUGGAGCCGCACUCCCAGACACCCGUGCACCCCAAGCCACACCCACUUGGUGCAGUGGGCUCUGAGCUGGGGUCUGGGCCAAAGGGGAGAGCUGAGACAUUCCUGUGGGCCUGGAUCCCCAAGUCCAGCCAUGCCUCUUAUCACAGCGCCCGUGUGGACGGCACAGGGAAGGCGGGUCUUCUCAGCACACGGGGGCCCCAUGGGCCCCUGAGGACCCCCAGCCCCGAGUGAUGUUAUGGGGCAGCUUUGCUUCCAGUGUGUUGGGGGCAGGUUGUUUCUGGGAAGAGCUGGCGAGCCCAGAGCAGGGAUGCACCCCUCCCAGGCUGGGCAGUGCCAGAUUUGGGAUCCUGUGUCCCCAGUGCCCCACGGGACUUUUUUUCUAAAGUGACUCACGUCCCCAGCCCACUUCUGUGAUGAGGUCCGUGGAUUCCUUUGUGGUAGGUUGGCGGGCACUCCACCUGGCUUUUAGCCUCUUUCAAGGGGAUGGGGCCGCAAAAGACCUCUUCCAUCCUGGCAGGGGAGCCCUCCAUGGGGGGCACAGGGGUCCAAGUGUGGGGAUCUGAAUGGGAGAAAUAAAGGAAUUGUACCCAGACAA